AGGCUAAUAACAUGUAAGAGGAUUUUUAGAAGGACUGAUGGAAGUAAGUAUGGAGGAGAAUUAAAAAUGAAUAAUAAGGAAGGGAUAGGUAAAUAUUUGAAACUAAAUGGACAAAGUUAUGAGGGCAAGUUUUAAGAUAAUAAAAUAAAUUGUGUUGGAAAAUUUAUUUGGGGAAAUAGAAGAAGUUUUGAAGGGCAAUGGCUUAAAAAAUAGAUGAAUGGGAAAGGUAAAAAAAAAUGGCCAGAUGGAAAAGUAUAUGAUGGAUUUUACCAAGAAGAUACAUUAGAAAAUAUUAGAUAUCUAAAAUAAUGAUUUUGAAUUCAAGAAAGAGAAUGUAAUGAACAUGAAAAUAUUAAUUUACAUUACUGUAAAAAACAUGGAUAUGGAACUUUGUGUUGGAAGAAUGGAAUGAAGUAUGUUAGAAAUAUAGUUUGAUAAUAAAUAACUAAGAAGGC